AUGCAGCAACGUCAGCGGUCAGCGGCAGCAUUGCCACUGUUCCAUCCGAUGGCAUCCAUCGCGUGGCAGCGGUGGCAGGGAAGCGCCAGCUACAUCGUGCGGGCGAUGCGCGCGUUUCAUCUACACCGGCAGCGUCCCCCGGGGCGGCAGCGGUGCGACGUAGCCCAUGUCCGCGGUGUGGCAGAGUUGGUCAUGCGGCAGCCAGGUGCCGUUUCAAGGCGUAUCAUUGUGAUAAGUGCAGUGAGAAAGGACAUU